UUCCUCUUAGAUUUGAAAAGAACCAAAAUUCUCCCUCCUUGAUGGACUUCUUUCAAUGGAAGUGCCUGAAGCACACCGAACAAUCUGUUUCUCUUCUUCUUCACAUUCCCCAACCUACCAAGCUCUCUUACAAGCUGGGCCCCACCUCCGUCCCCUCAAGCAAGUCCACGCCCGCAUGAUCGUAUCCGGCCUCCACCGUAGCCGGGCCCUCAUUACCAAACUCCUCGCCCUAACCUGCACUGCCGGCUCCAUCGGCUACUCUCGCCUCCUCCUUUUCUCCGUCCCGAAUCCCGACUCGUUCCUUUUCAAUUCCCUCAUCAAAGCCUCUUCCAAAUCAGGCUUCUCCUCGGACGCCAUCUUCUUCUACCAACGCAUGCUCCUCACCCAGCUCGGUCCUUCUAAUUUCACGUUCACGUCCGUCGUCAAGGCGUGCGCCGACCUGUCGGCUCUGGAAAUUGGCAGGGUCGUGCAUUCGCACUCGUUGGCUUGUGGGUUCGACUCAGAUUGCUUCGUUCAAGCCGCUUUCAUUUCUUUAUAUGCAAAAUCCGGUGAUUUGGGGACUGCACGGAAGGUGUUCGAUAGAAUGCCUGAAAGGACGAUCGUAGCUUGGAAUGCAAUGAUUUCAGGUUACGAGCAAAACGGGCUUGGUAAGGAAGCUGUGGAGCUGUUUUAUCAGAUGCGGGAUGCGGGGAUCAAACCCGAUUCGGCCACGCUGGUGAGCCUGCUAUCUGCUUGUUCUCACUUGGGUCACCUUAGUUUAGGCCAAUGGGUGAAUGAUUAUAUCGUUGAUCAUGGUUUGGAUGUUAAUGUAAUUCUAGGUACUUCUUUGAUAAACAUGUAUUCUAGAUGUGGGAACGUGUCCAAAGCGCGAGAGACUUUUGAUGGAAUGAUUGAGAGGAAUGUCAUCGCUUGGACGGCCAUGAUUUCUGGAUAUGGAAUGCAUGGCUUUGGAGAUGAAGCUGUUGAGCUCUUUCAUCGGAUGAGAGCUGCUGGACCGCGGCCGAAUGACAUCACAUUCGUCGCAGUCCUAUCUGCGUGUGCCCAUGCAGGACUGGUGAGGGAAGGGUGCGAGGCAUUUGCAUGUAUGGAGCAAGACUAUGGGUUGCUGCCGAGAGUGGAGCAUCAUGUUUGCAUGGUCGAUAUGUUUGGCCGUGCUGGAUUUCUCGAUGAAGCAAUUCAAUUCAUCAGAAAAUCGAUAUGUGGAGAGCCAGCAGCGGCUGUAUGGACUGCAAUGCUUGGGGCAUGCAAGAUGCAUAAGGAUUUCGAUCUUGGAGUGGAAGUCGCUGAACGUCUUCAAUCGAUAGAGCCUGAGAAUCCUGGCCAUUAUGUGUUGCUUUCAAACAUAUUUGCAUUGGCCGGUAGGAUGGAUCAGGUCGAAAUGGUUAGAAACAUGAUGAUACGCAAAGGAUUGAAGAAGCAAGUUGGGUACAGCUUGAUAGAGAUUGAUCAUGUGGCCCAUAUGUUUCGCAUGGGUGAUAUAUCACAUCCGCAAACGGAAGAGAUCUACGGUUACCUGGAGGAGUUGGUUUCGAGGAUGAGAGAAGCGGGAUACGUCCCUGAAACAGAGUCUGUGAUGCAUGAUUUGGAGGAAGAGGAGAGAGAAUUCGCACUCAGAUUCCACAGCGAGAAGCUGGCAAUAGCAUUUGGCCUGAUGAACACUGGCGGUGGGACCUUGAUCAGGAUCGUUAAGAACCUCCGGAUGUGUAGCGAUUGCCAUUUGGCAAUUAAGUUCAUCUCCAUCGUUGCAUGUAGAGAGAUCAUCGUCAGAGACAAGCAUCGUUUCCACCAUUUCAAAGAGGGUUCCUGUUCUUGCCAAGAUUACUGGUGAUGCCUCCAUUUUCUGACAAUUGACUAGGUUCAAUUCGUCAAGAUAAAUGGGGCCCACAGAUGACAGAUGAUCAUUUCUUCCAUGGAGCUUGGAUUUUAUUCAGUCCCCUACCAUUGAUCAUGUCCACAAAUUCCCAUGGACCAUUCAAAUGGUGAUUGAUUGGACCGAAAGGGCAUGCUGUUGGUAUGUUUCAUGCCCCAGCUGCAGCUAUGGUUGGAUGGGAAGCUGAUGCACGGACACUACUUCGUUCCUCCGGUGUUACAAAGUGAGUUGGGAAUAUACAGUCUGCAAUGAUGAGUUCUGCUAUGCCCACAUGACAUUCCAAUCUGAUGUGCAUCUGUGAUGCCCGAGCGGUGCAUAUGGUGGGGUCCACAACGUAGAUGGCCUGGCCCAAAAAUCAGACCAGCCCACUCAUCAGGUAGGCAAAUACACAGCUGCUCAUUGCAGACCGUUGGCAACUUUUCUGAAACCGUCCAUUGUUUAUGGAUUUGUGGCCACCUUAUGAGGUGACCAACCUGAAUAAGGACUGGGUCAUCAACAAGGUCUGCAUGUGUGGAGCAUCUGAGCUCUGCAAUGGAUGGGGUCCACCGCGAAUGUGGUCUGGUCCAAUAAUCAUGCAAGAAAAUACGCGAAUGCUGACUGUGGACCGCUGGCAACUUUCUUUGAGAGCUUCCACAUGUGGCUACUGCUAAGUUGGCUAUACUGAUUAUCACUUAUCAGCCAUGUCACCAUGUCAUCUAACCGGGCUAGGUCUAGCCAACCCAGUUGCCACCUUAUAUUCCUGGUUCUAAAACUCAUCCAGUAGACUCUGAACCAGGCCUGGCAUGAUCAAUCUGCUCUUGGACUCAGGUCAUUUUAGCUGGAUCCCGCUUGGCCAGAGCUCGUAUGUACAUGCUUCCAUUCUACAAAAAUACUAUAUUCAAAGCAUGCGUCUUGCAUCUAGACAAUUGGUUUCAUUUUUCUAAAUAUCUAUUUCUUUCUA